UCCCACAACCCGUCCUGAGUCUACAGUCUGGAUGGACAAACAUGUUCCUCACUGAAACAGUCACUCUGAGGUGUGAUGUUCAGGGGAUCUCUAGUCACUGGGUGUAUAAAUGGUACAGAGAUGGACAGGAGAUUCCCAUCAGUGGAGAUGGAGACACUUACACAAUCCUGUCUGCUGCUCGGUCACACUCUGGACAGUAUCAGUGUAGAGGAGAACUUCCAGAGAGAGCAGUGACCUCCCCACACAGUAGCUCUCUUCUACUCACUGUAUAUGAAACUCCCCCAAAGCUUCAAAUAUCCAUGGAGACCCACAGUGAAGACAUUUAUACAGGAGAGAGACUCUCACUGACCUGUACAGUAGAUGGAGAUUCAACUGGCUGGAAGUAUCUGUGGUACAAAGACACACAGGGAGCAGUUCUGUCCAACACUGACAGUGACAGGACUGAUGGGUCCAGUUACACCAUCAACUCUGCUGCUCCAUCCCACAGUGGACAGUACUGGUGUCGAGCUCACAGAGGAGGGUUUUACUACAAUUAUCAGAAAAUCUGAGGCCCAUAAUCACAAUCACGAAAUAAAAAAAAAAAAAGACAUGAAAGUGAA